AUGUCUUCAUCUCGCCAAUUUUCCCACUCGUCCAGAAAGUCAAGAGUCAACUCUCAAAAGAAGAUGAUGGCAUUUAUGGCCAAGCAGUUCGCUCGUCUUAUCCCCAAAGUUGUGACUGAAAUCCAAGCUUCCAACACCCCCAACUCUUCCAUCGACUCCAAAGUUGCCCAACCUAAGCCCAUUGCCUUUAACUACAAACAUUUCGCCUCUUGUCACCCAAAACCCUUCACUGGCCAAGAGGGUGUGACCGCUAUGUUUGAAUGGUUCGAUAGCAUAGAGGUCACAUUCAUCAAUAGUGAAUGUCCUGAUGAGCUCAAGACACGUAGUGCUACCGGUGUCUUUCAAGCAAGAGCCCUAGAGUGGUGGACGAAUGAAAGGAACAUUCGUUCAAACGAAUUGGCAUAUGCGUUGUCAUGGGAAGAAUUGAAGCAGCUCAUGAUGGAGGAAUUCUGCCCUCCUCAUGAACAACAGAAGCUUGAGGAAGAGUUUUGGUCGCUCAAGCAGAUUGGUGACGACAACCUUGCGUAUACCAUUCGUUUCAAGCAGCUGAGCUUUGUUGUAGCCCACCUGGUUCUCACUGUUGAUCGUAUGAUCAAAAAGUAUAUCCACAGUUUACCCCCUACCAUGAGAGACACCAUCGAGGCAGCCCAGCUCGACAACAUCGAGGCUGUCUAUCGACUUGCAGCAAGCCUGAACAACAAUCGCGUUCAUGAUAAACAAAUUGCAACACCUACCGGCUCCUCUAAGAUAGCCAACCAAAUCGUCCAACAAUCAAGUGGUGGCGAGGGUAAGAAACGCAAGUUUCAAGACCCUGGCUGCAAUGCGGUUGUACCUGCUGCUAACCCAAACCCUGUUACACCAGAGAACACGAGUAAACCAUACACUGGAAUCCAUCCCAAAUGUACCACUUGCAACCGUCAUCACCCUACCAACUCGAAUUGCCGCCAUUGCACUAUAUGUAACCGUUUUGGCCACGAUACCGCUUAUUGUCUCACUAACCCUGCAAACAAAGUUAGAGCCUGUUUUAAGUGUGGAGACACAACCCACCUUCGCCGCCAUUGUCCUUUAUGGAACCAAGAACGACAACCAGCCCCAAAAGCUCCAGCUCUCAAUGCCAACCAAGCUCAAGAUGCCAACACCUAA